CUCGGGUUCUUUCGGCCAGCGGAGGAAUCCAUUUGCUACGCUUGUUGUGCGAGCAGGCAGCUAGCUAGGAGCCAUGGACAUGAACGAGAGCAGCGAGAAAGGGAUGGAGGGCAAUGGGUCCUCUGGCCCCGGCGGCGGCAUCCCCGUGGAGUGGCAGAGCCAAUUCAGCGGCGGCGGCUUCUCGGCGCACCAGCACCAGCAUCCCCACAUGAUGGACUCCUUCGCGUCGGGCAUGUGGUCGGCGGCCUCGCAGCAUGGCGCGGGGUUCCUGGCGCCGGUGCCCGGGUUCCUCCCGCCGCCUGGCCUAGGUGGCCAUUUCCCGGUGGACUCGGGCUUCAUCGAGCGCGCCGCGCGAUCGUCGUGCUUCGUCGGCCCCGGCGCUGGCGGUGGGAUGAUGGGCGCCGGCGCCUACGGCGGGGCGGGCGAUCAGCACAUGGGCAGCGCUUUCGGGGAGGGGUACUUGGAUCAUCGUAGGAAGGAAGGCGGGGACAAGGCCGAGCCGGAGCUCGCCGGGAGCGGAGGCGUGCCGAGCUCGGAGGCAGCCGGCGGAGACUGCUCGUCCAAAGGGUCAGACUCCAAGAAGAGGAGAAGGCCCAGCGAGGCGAUGGGUGGAGGCGAUCAGGUUCAGUCUUCCAACGUGGCCGCUGACUCCGCAAACGAGAGCGCCCAGAGCAAAGAUAAAGGCGAGGAGAGCAGCCCGGCGACGGGGACGACGACCGGCGGCAAGUCCAAGGGGAAGGGUGCCAAGGAGAGCUCCGAGAAGGAAGACUACAUCCAUGUCCGAGCCCGGCGCGGGCAGGCAACCAACAGCCACAGCCUUGCUGAAAGGCUGAGAAGGGAGAAGAUCAGUGAGAGGAUGAAGCUUCUACAGGACCUUGUUCCCGGCUGCAGCAAGGUCACCGGGAAGGCGGUGAUGCUCGACGAGAUCAUCAACUAUGUUCAGUCCCUGCAAAGACAAGUUGAGUUCUUAUCGAUGAAGCUGGCGACAGUAAACCCGAGGCUUGACCUCAACAUAGAAGGGCUUCUCUCAAAGGAUCUUCUUCGCUUCCCUGGAGUGUCUUCGUCGUCCAUGGGAUUCUCCCCGGAGAUGAUGCACCCGCAGCUGCAGCUGUCGCAGCCGGGGCUGAUGCAGGGAGGCGCCGCCGCCAUGGCAAACUCGGACGUGUUCAGAAGAAUCAUGCAAGCGCAACUAGGAGCAAAAGAUGGAUCCCAUUCCCAGAUGGCCCACGCAUUGAAUGGCCCGUUCAGCGAUCACGUUGCGCAGAUGGCUUACCCGUCCAUGGGCUCCUCGCACUCGCACUCGCAGGACCUCAGCAUCAGGCCGUCCCAGGACGCCUACCAAAUGUGAUUGAUGAGAGAUGCCAUUGCCAGCCCCGAGCCUGAGAGCCACCCGGCCCGAGUUUGUUUGUCCAGCUAGCUGGCUGGCCUAGCUAUCAAUCACCUGACCGCCAACGGGACGGGCAGCAGAGGCCACAUGCACGAGCAAUAUGACCACUGAAGCUGCUGCUGCUGCUGCCCGUGCGUGCGUGCAGUGCACAGCUGGAGCCUUUAACUGCGCCGUGCGUGCGUGGCCGUGUGUAAAUCGAUCCAUGGGUGGAUCGGUCGUGUUCUUGUUGUAUUCGGGGCUGGAACUGGAAAAGGGGGUUGAGCCCCGCGGGGUGAAAUGAAAUCCUGUGGCGUGGAAUGGAUGGGAAUUGUGCUC